AAUAACCAAUAACCAACCCUAGCUUUCUUCUUCAAUUCAACUUCUUUAUCCUAAACAACGAGGUUCACUUCAAAAACUCUCUGAAUAUUCGAUCUGCAACCAUGGCGUCAAGAAAGUCCGAUAACCCUCAAUAUGGCGACGGCGCCAGUCCCGGGAAAAUCUUCAUCGGAGGGUUAGCAAAAGAUACAUCCCUAGAUACGUUUGUGAAGUACUUCGAAAGGUACGGAGAGAUAACGGAUUCCGUUAUCAUGAAGGAUCGACAUACCGGUCGGCCCCGAGGGUUUGGGUUCAUUACUUAUGCGGAUCCUUCUGUCGUUGAUCAAGUUAUUCAGGAGAAUCACAUCAUCAAUGAUAAGCAGGUUGAAAUUAAGAGGACCAUUCCAAAGGGUGCAUCACAUACUAGUGAUUUCAAAACUAAGAAGAUUUUCGUAGGUGGUAUUCCCGCAGCAGUAACUGAAGAUGAGCUCAAGGACUUCUUCUCUAAGCAUGGAAAUGUUGUGGAGCACGAAAUUAUACGUGAUCAUGCCACUAAAAGAUCUCGUGGAUUUGGUUUUGUAGUGUUUGAUAAUGAUAAGGUUGUUGAUACUUUGUUAGCUGAUGGGAACAUGAUUGAUAUGGACGGUACUCAGGUUGAGAUCAAGAAGGCUGAACCAAAGAAAUCCUCAAGUUCAGCUUCUUUUCCUUCAUUUGGUAAUGACUCUAGGUCACGUUCUUACAACGAUGGUUUUGGUGGAUUUGGUGAUACUUAUGGAGGUUUUCCCGGUGGAGGUUAUGGCCCUGCUUCUUAUAGGUCGCUUGGAGGUUACACUGCUAGGCUUAGCGAUUAUGGUGGAUAUGGAGGUGGAGAUGACUUCAGUGGUGGUUUUGGAGGUGGUUAUGGGGGCAGUGGUGGUGCUGGUGGUUAUGGGGGCUAUAGAGGAGAACCAUCAUUUGGCUACUCUGGCCGCUAUGGGUCUUACAUGGGGGGCCUUGGUGGUGGAUAUGGUGGUAGUGGUGGGUUAGGCCCAUAUGGGAGAGGUGGCGCAGGCUAUGGAGGUUAUGGUGGUUCAGGCACUAGCGGAGGUUAUGAAUCUGGCCCUGGUGCUGGUUUUGGUGGAACAGGAGGACUCUAUUCUAGUAGGGGAGGAUAUGGGGGUGGUAGUCGUUACCAUCCUUACACAAGAUAGUUUUAUGACUAAGCUUUGCAGUAGAAAUUGCAUGCAGGUUUAAGCAUUUUCUAGAUACAGGGCACUUACUCCAGAUGGGGGCACUCUCUAGAAGUCAGAUGAACCACUAGCAUGUCUGUUUUAUUCUAUUGCUUAGACAACCGAAGAUAGAACAACAUCAACCUAGAGCUUUCCAAACAACAUCAAUCUAGAGCUUUCUGAACAACAUCUAGAGCUUCCCAUCAGUCAUCAGCCUAUACGAUCUUAGUUAGAUUAUGUUUUUAUGUGAUAAUCAGAUGCUUGCAAGUUAGACUGCUGUGAUUAUGAAUAUCAGUUUUAGUUAGAAUCACAAAGUUGUGUGAAUGUGUACUAUUGUAGGUCACGCCUAUUAGAAUUUUGUUCGAAAGAGUACUUUGUUCUUGAUCUUUCCAGUAGUUAUGCUUGGUUAGCUUAUAUUGAAGAUGUUGACACAACCUAUUCAGGUUACAAAUACCAUGAUUUAGUUAUAUGUUUAGUUAGCUGAAUCCCAUGAUAACUCUCAAUUAGUUUCAACAGGUUCUUGAAGUCUCCUUUCCUUCCAAGGGUUGGUUUGAUUGUUAGCAAUCAUAAAUUGAAAUUAGUAUUGGUUGUUGAUAUGAACCUUUAUCUUGACAUACACAUUCAGUUUCAUAUGUUAGUAUUAGAGAUUUAAUAUUAUAGUUAUAUUUGUUCUAUAAAAUUUGGGCCUUCAAGUUUAGUCCCCCUAUCAAAAAAGACAUUUUAGUCACCUAAAUACUUAUUUCUAAGGCAUAUAUUAGUAGCUCAAACAGAGAACAAUGUUGCAAGAAAAAUAAGGUCUAUUCUUUAAAUGUCUCAAUUUUGCGGGGACUAUUCUUAGAACGUCUCAAUUUUGCAGGGACUAAACAUAUAUUAGCCUAAAUAUUAUAUGCCAUUAGCUGUUAUCUAUGAGACAAUGAGAAACCAAAUAAUGUUUAAUAAGCAAUCUAAUAAUAUUCAAACAGCAGUUUUGUUGGACAUAAAUGUUGUGAUCACGUUUCAUGAAUUUUGUUUUAGGCAUCUUCUGCUAUCUAAGCAUCUCCAAAAUAUAUUUCAGACAAAUAAGGAUUUUAUGAGUGUAUGAUGAAUUAUAGAUGGUGCAACUAGUUAUUAUAUAAGCUUUGUUCUUUCAAAGUCUCAUGGCCUCUAAAAUCUCUUAAACAUACCAUGAUAUGCACUUGUUGUUUACCUAGAAAUGGCCAAUGGUUAUUGAGGGGUUAAAUUUUUGGGUUAUAUAUAACCAAUUAUUGAAUAUUGAUAUUGUAGUUUUAUACAUUAUAAAAUCAUAACCAAAGAUAUCGUCUCAACAUGUAGAAGUAGUAUAUGGACUCUGAUAAGAUUGCCUGGCAGAUAAAUGCAUUUUAGAAAGUCUAAUAGCAUCUAUUGUCCUUUUUCCUUAACUUAUAAUAAUGGAUAUAAUAUAAUGUUGUUAAAUUCAUGUUAAGUUGUUUUACUAUUGGUUGGUUUUUUGAAUGUUGAUGCAUGGGAACAACAAAUGUGAGCCAUGCUGACAAGGAUAUGCAAAAUUUGCCAAGAGCUUCGAAGUGCAAGAGAAACAGACGUGGAAAACAUUCGUGGCUGGGUGUUUUAGGAUGGGUUUUCUUGUGGUAGAUUCCCCACCGAUUUAAGACUUGAUGUUCCAUCCUUGUGUAUUUUAUUUUUUUUGUAUAUUUUCUUGAAGACCUUCUUUGAGUUGUGUUUUUUUUUCUAAAAAUAUUUUCUUGAAGACCUUGUUUGAAUGGUGUUUUUUUUGUUGUU